AGACAAACCUGACAAGGAAAUACUAGUUGAACGGGCUUCCAACCAGUUACCUGGAACUCAACAGGGCUUUGAAAGCUUGAACUCUUCCUUUGUACACACACACACACUAAUCCUCAUCUGUUAGAAGACAGGACGUUCACCUCCAGUGUGAUGGCUGACAAGGAGCUCGCCAGAGUGAGAGGGAGAUUUGUGGAAAAAGUCUCCAAAGCUUUAAUCAAGCAGCUGCUGGAUGACCUGCUGGAGGACCGCUUGUUGAACGAUGGGGAGACCGACUCUGUGCUGGAGGACAACACGGGGAAAGCGGACAUGGCCCGCUGCCUCAUCGACAUGGUGAGGAGGAAAGGGGACAGAGCCAGCAGGAAGAUGAUCCAACACCUUGAGAACAGAGACCCUACACUUCACUCCGAACUCGGCCUCACCUGUAAGCCAACGCCAGUUCCAGCUCCUCAGAACCAGCACGCCUGGUCAAACUCCCUCGUCACCACGACCGACUCCUUCUGGAACGAGAAACGGAAAUCCAAAGAUGUUUACGCCGUGUCAGAUGAGUCCCUCAGAAGCCGCGUGGCCCUUUUAAUCACUAACAGAAACUUUGCUAAUGAGAGAUUAACCAGAAAGGGAGCCGAGAAAGACGAGGAGAACAUGGAGAAACUGCUGAGAUCCCUGGGAUAUGAGGUGGUGAAGCACAAUGACCUCACUGCACAGAGGAUGAAUGAGGUUCUGCACACUUUCGCAGAGCAUCCGAAGCUGAGGGACACCGACAGCGUGUUUGUGGUGAUCAUGUCUCAUGGGAAACGCGAAUUUGUCCUUGGGGUCAACCACAGCGAGGAAAAUAAAGAUGAAUUCCCCGUCGACAACAUCUACAGACACCUGGGCCCCCAGGAAUGCCCUGCCUUGAUGAACAAACCCAAGAUCAUCAUCAUCCAGGCCUGCAGAGGAGAGACGGGUGGAUCCGUGUUAGUCAGUGACAGCGCUUCGGAUAAGGUGGUCUGUGAUGAUGUGUCGCAGCAACUUCCUGCUAAUGGAGGCGGCAAGAUUGUUGACGAUGCUAUCCGAUACGUCCACAAAGAAAAGGACUUCAUCUCCCUCCUGUCCAGCACUCCGGACACCGUCUCCUACAGAAGAGAGGAUCUGGGCUCCUUCCUGAUUCAGUACAUCGCUGAGGUCUUCAACACCUGCUCCCACGAGGACGACAUCGACGAGCUUUUCAGGAAGGUCAUGCAGCGCUUCGAAGACUUUCCUGAUGAAAAAAUGAGACAAAUGCCAACAAAAGACAGAUGUACUCUAACCAGGCGCUUCUACCUUUUCCCUGGCUACUGAGACAACAGUGUUUGAUAAAUCCAUCUGUUGUUAAGGCGAACUACGCUACCCUUACUUUUCUUUUUUUAAUGUUUUUUUUAAUGUUUUGUCUGUGAAUGUAAUAGUGGUGCCGUAAGGCUGAUAUCUACCUAGUAGUUUGUACUUAAACUGGAAAUUAGCCCCAUUUUUAUUUUACAGAGGAAAUUAUGAGCUUGACGUCACUGUCCUGGAUAUAUAUAGCCUAUAUAUAUAUAUAUAUAUAUAUAUAUAUAUGUUAAAUAACUCUGGAUAACAAAUAGUCAAAAAGAACAUUAAAAAAAAAACCAUGAGAAAACAUGGUUUCAAAAGGAUAACCUCCAGCCCAUUUUGCCAAGAUAUAAUAUAGAUCACAUUUAUUCCCAAUGAGUAAAAUCUGAAUCUCAAAACAGCUUCAUUAAGAUAUAAAUGUAAUCAGUGGUAGGAAGUACGCAAGUACAAUUUUCAUGUAUCUGUACUUUUACUUGAGUAGAUUCAAUCGUGGAUACUUUCGACUUUUACUUCACUACAUUUUACAGUAAGUAUCUGUACUUUCUACUUCUACACUUAAAAACAGCUUUAAGAAGCUAAAAUUGCUAUUGUCAAAGCAUUUUCAACAUGAAAAUUGUGCAUUUUCAAACAUCAUUUUUCAUUGUUUCUCGCGGACCGUGACUGUUCUUAUGAAAUAACCUUGUGCUUGGUUAUUUCUUGCUUGUUGCGCCUUGGAAAGUGUUCAUAGUUGAGCGUUGUUUACCAUUAGGGCAUUGUCUUAAUUGCUGUGUUUAAUGGUGCAGACAGUGGUGGUUUCUGACAUGGGCGAUAUGGGCAACCGCCCAGGGCGUUAUCAUCUAAGGGAUGGCAGGAGACCUCUGUGGAUUGUGGCACAGAGAUGGAAGCAAAGCAGAAUGAAGAAGCGUUUGAAUUGAUAAUGAUAUUGGUUAAAGUUAUUUCCGCUCUAAGUAUUUAAUAUCUUGGCGUUUUUAUGGGAAUUUGGAUCUUUCAGAUCAAUUUGAGAAGCAAUUUUGAUCAUAUUUCACAUUUGAUUGUCAUGUUGCGUGGGGCGCUGGCCUUGGUCUUGACUUGGUCUCGGGUUAGGUGGUACAACACUGCUAUGUGUCCCAAGUUCGACUCCCCUUCCUUGGUUGCAUGUGAAUCUAAAUGUAAAUCAUGUCACAGAGAGUAAACACAAUAAAAACAUGCUUUACCUGCGGCAUUGUUCAUUAAAAUGGCACAUUAUCGAUGUAUUAAAAUUAAAUACGAUAGGUUCAUUUAAUGACAUUUUACUAGCUAUUAGAUAACACAUUCAGCAAGUACUUCUACUUUUAAUACUUAAGUGUUUUUAAAAGCCAGCAGUUUUUUUUUUUACUUUUACUCAAGUAAAAAUGUUAAUAUGAUGAUUUUACUUUUACUAGUUGUCUGAGUACUUUCUCUACCACUGAAAGAACGGUAAUCCAAUUUCUUACUGAGUAAAGGUUGUCUAUUUUA